AUAAAAGUCGCCGAUAUUAUUCCUUGUGACUCUGAUGAGAUUCUAUUUAUUUAUGCUUCUCUCUCCUUCCUUUCUCUCUGCUGUUUUUUUUUCUUCUUCCAAUUCCUUUCUCCGUGAAUGAUAUCUUGCCGUCUCUCACGGUGGUGUGAUACUGUCUGUUUUGUAUAGCAGAGGGGAUGCAAUGUCACUCCUUAAUUCAUUAUUCAACAGGGGCGUGCUUGGAGCUAAAUGCAAAACUUGUUUGAAACUAGCAAUUUCUCGAAUCAAACUUCUAAGAAACAAGAGAGAAGUUCAGCUGAAACAGAUGCGCAAAGAGAUUGCACAGUUCCUCCAGACUGGUCAAGAGCCCAUUGCUAGGAUCCGUGUGGAACAUAUUAUACGGGAGCAAAAUAUUGUGGCUGCAUAUGAAAUUAUUGAACUGUUUUGCGAAUUUGUCCUUGUUCGCGUUCCUAUUAUUGAUACACAGAGGGAGUGCCCUAAAGAAUUGCAGGAAGCAAUUGCCAGCAUAAUCUUUGCUGCUCCCAGAUGUUCAGAUUUGCCUGAGCUUAUGCACAUUCAGAACUUGUUUACUGCCAAAUAUGGCAAGGAAUUUACUUCUGCUGCUUCUGAGCUUCGCCCAGACAGUGGUGUGAAUCGUGGGAUAAUUGAGAAACUCUCAGUGACCGCCCCUGCCGCUGAACUGAAGCUCAAGAUUCUCAAAGAAAUAGCUGAAGAGAACAAUUUGGAGUGGGACUCUUCUAGCACCGAGGCAGAAUUCUCAAAAAAACAUGAAGACUUAUUGGAUGGUUCGAACCAUGUGCGCAACAAAGCUCAAGAUACAAUUUUAACUUUUUCCUCACAAAAAGAGGGAGAGUCUCCUCAUUCCAUCGUGGAAAAGGUACAGAAAGUGGCUAGAGCCAAUUCUCCAAUUGAAACUGAUUUGAGUGCAUUGAGUAAGAGCGUGUUAAUGGGUCAAAGUAGAUCAGAAAGCUUGGAGAUCAAACAUGAACAAGAGGACUCUAAUGGUGUUUUUAAGAGAGAGAAGAUUGGCAAUUCUUUAGAUAUUUUGGCAAAGGCUCAGGCUGCAAUUGCUUCAGCAGAGAGAGCAAGAGCAGCUGCUCGAGCAGCUGCAGAGCUUGUUAAUGUGAAGAUGGUUAUAAAUCCUGCAAGUUGUACCUUCUCAAGAUCAGGAGAGAAUGGUUCACAGAAUAUACAGGAAACACAACGAAGAAAUUAAAAAAAAAGAAAGAAAAAGGCUUUAUGAGUGACCGACUGUAGCAAGGAGAACCAGACUCUCAGGUUGGUUAGGCUUGGGAUUUGGUGUUUGGCCAUUUUUUGGGGAUGGUUUUGUAUCAUUCACAUAUGUCUUAUCAGAUGAGGAUUAUUUAUGAUUUCGAGGUUCUAGUGUAUGUUGAGUUGAGGAUUGCACUUAUAGAUAUUUGAGCAGUUUGUUGAGGUUGCCAUACUCUUCAUGGUGGGGCACGAAUAAGCAAUAGAUGAAAAGUUUUAGAAACAGAGAAAUCUCCGGGA